CUUUUUUAUAUGGCUUUAUUCUUCUGCUCCUCUCUCUUUCACAAAAGCUAACCUUCUGAUUAUUGCUCUGCAACAAGCAACCGCAGGCAAAGGGAGAUUCAUACACACUCUCACAGAAGCAGGCGCAUUUUAGUUCAAAAACACCUCAAAAUCUCUCUCUCUCUCUCUCAAAUUCUGCGCUUCUUCCACUUCCAUCUACUGUCACUCACCUCAUUCCUCUCUGUACUAUAUCCCUCUCUCCUCUUCACCAUGCUCAAUACUCAUAAAUGGUGACCCAAGAAAAGACCAAGCACAAUAUUUUGGAAAAAUAGUAUAUAAUAUAUAAACACAAGACAAGGGACUUUACCAUAUACAUACAUGGCUAAAAAUCACAUGAUGUUCUCCUUCUUGGUAUUACUAUUUUUGCCAUUUUCAUCCUUCUUUACUUCUUUUGCUUUUGAAGCCCGGAAUCCUGAAGUUGAAGCUCUGAUAAGUAUAAGAAGUGGACUUAUAGACCCACAUGGAGCUUUGAACAACUGGGAUGAAGACUCUGUUGAUCCAUGUAGUUGGGCUAUGAUCACUUGUUCCCCCGAUAAUCUCGUUACUGCCUUUGGGGCUCCAAGCCAGGGUUUAUCAGGGUCUUUAUCUGGGAAAAUAGCUAAUCUCACAAAUCUUAAACAAGUGUUGUUGCAGAACAACAAUAUUACAGGCGAAAUUCCAGUGGGACUAAGCAGUCUUCAUAAUCUUCAGACACUGGAUCUAUCUAAUAACAAGUUGUUUGGCCAAGUGCCUGAGUCUUUGCUUCUGCUGAAUAGUCUUCAGUAUUUAAGAUUGAACAACAAUAGCUUGUCUGGAGCUCUUCCACUGAAUAUAGUCAGAGUCCCCCAGCUUACUUUCUUGGAUUUGUCAUUCAAUAAUCUCAGUGGUCCUGUACCCGUGUUUCCAGCAAGAACAUUCAAUUUUGUGGGAAACCCUUUGAUGUGUGGAAGCCAUGUCCAUCAAGGUUGCUCUGGAUCAGUCACUCCUGUUCCGCUUUCAUUCUCCCUGAAUUCAUCCUCGGGUAAAAGCAACUCCAAGAAACUAGCAAUUGCACUUGGGGUAAGUCUCAGCAUUGUUACACUUAUCCUAUCAGCAUCUGCUAUUCUCUUGUGGAGGAAAUUCGAACAAAGAAAGCAAGGAAUUUUAAACAUCAAUGACAUGCAAGAAGAGGAUUUGAUAAGCGUAGGCAACCUCAGGAACUUUACACUUAAGGAGCUCCACCUUGCAACAAACAGUUUCAGUUCAAAGAACAUUCUUGGUGCAGGGGGAUUUGGCAACGUCUACAAGGGAAAACUAGGGGAUGGGACAUUGGUGGCCGUUAAGCGAUUAAAAGACCUGAACGGGACAACUGGGGAACUACAAUUCCGAACAGAGUUAGAGCUGAUAAGCUUGGCUGUUCACAGAAAUUUGCUCAGGCUAAUAGGAUACUGUGCUACCCCAAAUGAGAGACUACUUGUGUAUCCUUACAUGUCUAAUGGUAGUGUGGCCUCAAGGCUUAGAGGAAAACCAGCACUAGACUGGAAUGCUAGGAAACGGAUAGCAAUCGGAGCUGCAAGGGGUUUUCUAUAUCUCCACGAGCAAUGUGAUCCAAAAAUAAUUCACAGGGAUGUCAAGGCAGCCAAUGUUCUCUUAGACGACUUCUGUGAAGCUGUAGUUGGAGAUUUUGGCCUUGCAAAGCUCCUUGACCAUGGUCAGUCCCAUGUCACUACUGCCGUACGAGGCACUGUUGGACACAUUGCUCCAGAGUAUCUAUCCACCGGCCAAUCAUCUGACAAGACAGAUGUGUUUGGCUUUGGCAUUCUUUUGUUAGAGCUCAUAACAGGAAUGAGAGCUCUUGAACUCGAAAAGACGGGAAAGGCAGUUAACCAGAAAGGGGCUAUGCUUGAAUGGGUAAAGAGAACACACGAAGAGAAGAAGGUGGAGGUGUUGGUUGACAGGGAACUUGGGAACAACUACGACAGGAUAGAAGUGGGCGAAAUGGUGCAAGUAGCUCUACUAUGCACCAGAUACCUCCCGGCCCACCGGCCAAAGAUGUCUGAAGUGGUUCGGAUGCUGGAGGGAGAUGGACUUGCCGAAAAAUGGGCAGCGUCCCAUAAGCAUAACAAUAUGAAAUGCAACUCGGGUUAUUCCCAGUCACGCCAUAUGAACACAUUUGGGGACCAUGAUCAUGACUAUUCAAGCAGUAUCUUUGACAUGAGGAUGGACCACGACCAUGAUGCCCAUGCUAUAGAGCUCUCUGGUCCAAGAUAGUUGUACUAGGGUCAUCAACAGGGUCAAAAGUGAGAUAUGGGGUAGCCUUCACCUGGAGAUCAUUUUCUUGAUUUUUGUGAGCUCAUGCUUGUACAAAUUUGUAUAUUAAAUUGCCUGUUCUAUGUAAUUUAAUUAUUUAGCUGGUGGGGUUUAUAUAUGUGGUUAAUAACCAACUCCCCCAGUCAUUUUUCAGUUAGCAUGCAAUUAUUUUUUUUUGUAUC